GCUCACCUUUCCUGAGCUGGAACAGCCAGAGUGGCUGGAAAAGCUACACUUCAUGGUAGACAUGACAGUGCACCUGAACACGCUGAACACAGCUCUUCAGGGGAAAGGACGUACAGCCCUGCACAUGUUGGAGGAUGUUUUGGCAUUCGAGCGCAAGUUGACAGUGCUUGCCAGAGAUUUACAGAAAGGCACUUUGUCUCACUUCCCCAAUUUGAGAGAGUUCAAACAAGGUCACGAAAUGAUAAUUUCGGAGUAUUUACAUUCUGCAAUCAUCGCAAUGCAAACAUCGUUUGGGAAACGCUUCUGUGAGUUCAGAGAGGAAAAAAACACAUUAUCCUUCCCGGUCACUCCCUUAAGCAUCGAUCCUUCCCUACUGAAUACGACUGCAUUGGCAGGUGUGAGUCAACCUGAUCUUGAGAUGGAACUGGCCGACAUAGCCGACAAAGACAUAUGGGUGUCCAAGUUUAGACGCUUGACAGCAGACCUUGAAGAUGUUGCCCGUCAGAAGGCCGUUCUUGCUCAGAAACACGAAUGGAGUGAUAUUGAAAACCUCACAGAUGACAGCUUGCGAUCCUGUGUAAAGAUGAAGGUGACAUCAUACAGCCCUGAUGUGCAGACGCUGUGCGCUGAGGUCCAGGAGCAGAAAUCCCAUUAACCAAGCUGACAGCUGGCUGACGUUAUUUUUGGUUUGCUGCUGGCGGAAAAUUUAAGUUCGGCGUUUUUCAUAAAUACAAGAAGGACUCAAAUAGACAUUGAAUAUUUUACUUAAAAGUAACUUUCAACCCAACGUCUUUUUU